ACGAAUAAUUCCUCCAAAAUUAGUCAGAUCAAGUUCCUAGUAGUUUAGUCUAGUAUAAAAUGUACAAUUCCAAUGAGUUUCUGCAUAGCGCUGGCGUAAGCCGGCACAUGCAAGCGACCGGCGAGACCCCGUCGCAAAAGACGAGCAUGAAACGGCGAUCAUGCGAAGUCCCCUUAGGCGAUAUAUCAUCAAACAAUUUCAAAGUCUCUUUAGGGGACCUAAGUUCUAGUGAAGGACCUAGUUACGACUGUCGGUCCCUUCGUUCGGUAAAAUCCGAAGAUGCCCGAUCGGUUCGGAGCUACCGUCCCAUAGAUAGCCGUAGUGUCAAGAAUUUUAGGUCCUCAUUAGCUGAUAUUUCUGCGUACUCUUUGUCGAGGCCUCCGAGCUAUGAUCAGCUGUCGCGUAGGUCUUUAGUUGAGGGUCCCGAAGGGCAAGGCAUCACGUCCAGCAUCGAAGGCGUGCUGUGGUCUGAUGAAGAGGAGACGGAGUACUUCUACCAUGAGAAUAUCACUUCGGCAUGGAAUCAAGACUUGGCGGCGAUACGUCAGCUGCUGGAGAGCGAGACGGGAGGCACCACCUGUCCCAGCUGUAACAUGCCCUUUGACAAGGGCAAGAAGAGGAAACUGAUCGACACCUGCGGGCAUGAGCGGUGCUACUCGUGCAUGUUCAGGAACGAAGCGUGUCCGUCGUGCGCGAGGAGCAACCAGGCGCAGAGGCGGCCGGUCAUGGAGAGGUACACGCCGUCGCCGCAGCGGCAGGAGCUGGACUGGCAGUCCCCCCACCGCCUGCCCAAGCCGCCCAAGCAGCCCUCCAGCCUGGCCCAGAGCUGCCCUACACCACCGCACACCAGGAGAAGAUUCUUCCUGAGCCCCAAAUCGUUGCGCAGUCCUUUCGGGCAGCGCGCGCGCCACUCGCACGACAACCACGUGCCCCUCUCCGGGCUACCGGAGGAAGGGCCUCGCAACGCGGCGUGGCACAGCCUGGUGUUCAAUAAGAUCAGGUCGCUGUGGUCCACGCACUCCUCAGUGCCGCAAGGACUCAACCAAUUGACAGAUGACGAAGGAGGCCACAUCAAGCAGGCUGGUUACGAAUCCAGAAGACAGAAUGACUUGUACAUGCGAUUGGGAUUACUUCUUGGAGAGAGAAGAGGUGCAAGGAACAAGGCUAGAGAUAGCUGUACUUCCCUCGCUUCUCUUGAUGCACAUACUCUUGCGUCGCAUAAUACGAGCCCUGUAUCAACUCUCACCGGUUCAUCAGAGGUGGAGGUAGCAACCCCACUGGGUCGCGACUCUCUCGGUUCCUUAGCAUCCAUGUCGCUGUCAGCUGCCAGCAACUGCUCAUCCUCCAGUCCUGGCAGUCGACGGCAUUCUGUUAACACACUCCAAAGCGGCAGAUCAGACGAACUAACCCGAAUGUCCAGCGGUUUCUUCAAAACAAGGAAAACGGCAGCCAGACGUUCAGCCAGGGUCAACAGCAAGCAAUCAACAUCAUCGUCAGAAAUCAAAAAAGUUCAUCCAUCACCGCAGCUGACGUUACGGCCACUGUUCUUCGAAGUACCAUCGACAGACAACCAGACGUACUUCUCAGGACGACACUGGCUCAUGAGGGAUAUGGAGAAAGCCCUGGACUCUAGUGCUUCAGGUAUCAUAGUAUCCGGCUGUCCAGGCACAGGGAAGACGGCACUCAUUCUUCAACUAGUGGAAUACUCGUGCUUCGGUAGAAAGAGGAACUUCGAGUACGAAGAGCUACGGGAACAAUCAGACAUCAGGGAGAUGUUACCCGAAGAGCUGACUAUUGGCAUCUUCACCCAUCUGGCUUCGCAUGUCGUCGCUUAUCAUUUUUGCCAGGCCGAUAACAACAGUACGUGCCUCGUGGGUGAAUUCGUGCACUCGUUAGCAGCUCAACUCUGCCAAGCUCCCAGACUACAAGCCUACAGAGAAUACCUCCUCAGUGAACCACAUCUCCUUGCUUGCCUGUCGCUCAAAGAAUGCAUCGCUGAUCCAGAUUUAGCUUUCAUGAGAGGCAUCAUUGAACCUCUUAUAAUCUUGAGGAGAAAUGGAAGUAUAGAUUCUUCGAACAGCAUCAUUCUUGUAGACGGGCUUUGUGAAGCGGAGUAUCACAGACCGGAUCAUGGAUACACCAUUGCAUCGUUCUUAGCCAGGCAUGUUCCAGAAAUGCCUUCAUGGUUGAAGGUCGUAGCCACCGUAAGAACACAAUUUCUAGAACUGUCGAAGCAGUUGCCGUACACAAGGCUUAGUCUGGAUGAGUCAGACAACGUUCACAAAGAUCUCUUGGAGUAUUUUAACACUAGACUGCAAGCUGCUCCUAUUAUAGAAACGAACAUCAAGUGUUCAACAGGAAAGUCUGAAGGAGUACACAACUCGGUGAUGAAGUUCGCUCAAUAUGUACUCCACCUAAGCCAAGGCUCAUUUUUGUUCCUAAAAUUAAUCCUAGAUCUACUUGAGAGAAGUCAUAUCGUGGUCAAAUCGACGAACUACAAAGUCGUGCCCAUUUCGCUGGCACAAAUAUUCUUGUUGCAAUUCAACCUACGAUUCCCUACUGUACAAUCGUUUGAGAAAGUCACACACAUAUUAAGUGUCUGCCUAGCAGCCCUUUAUCCAUUGACUCUGGUUGAAAUCUAUUAUUCAGUAAAUUCGUUACUUGUCAACCAGUUCUUACCUUGGGAUGAGUUCUGCCACAGAUUUGAGUCCCUCACCGACUUUCUUGUAAAGAGGAUCGACAACACCUACAUGUUCUUCCACCCUUCGUUCAGGGAAUGGUUGAUAAGAAGAGAUGACAAUGAAAGCCCUAAAUUCCUCUGUGAUUUAAGAGCAGGACAUUGCGGUAUUGCAUUCAGACUAUCCAGGGUGCAGGCGCCUUUGGAUUCAGAGAAAUCGAUGGAAUUAGGACAUCACAUUUUGAAAGCUCACAUGUACAGAAACAUGGGGCCAGCACAAUUGGGACUAUGCCCGAGAGAUUUGCAAGCAACGUUGGUCGCUACAAGUUCGGCCAAUGUUGGUGAUGCGAUUGCCAAUUUGAGGAAUAUUUACACGCCGAAUGUCAAAGUAUCUCGACUCAUGCUGUUAGCUGGGGGAUCUCCGAACCAAAUUACUGAGUGCUUGGGCAAUGCACCUUUGCUUUGCAUGUAUGCGUAUCAAGGUAUACUGGCGAUGGUUGGACUAUUGAUUGAGUUUGGGGCUGAUAUGGAAAUGACAAACUCUCAAGGAUGUACUGCCUUAUCUUUGGCGUGCCAGAGAGGACACACUGAUGUGGCGAGAAGACUUAUAGCUGCAGGUGCAUCGCUAAGUCACACAGAUACUGCAGAACAGACACCUCUAGUACAUGCAGCUAAAAAUGGCCACAGAGACACUGUAAUAUACCUACUAGGGUGUCAAACUGGCAACGAUAGAAACUCUUUAGACAUCGAUGAUGGUAGCAUUGAACAGCUGGUCCCAGGAUCAAGACAUGCCUUGAUAGCUGCCGCACAGAACGGACAUCUAGAUAUUGUUGAAUAUCUUUUGGAUACUGCUGAAUUAAUUCCGGAUGGUAUAUGCCCAGUAACAGGCGAGACUGCACUAACAGCAGCUUGCUCAUCUGGCAACGCUGCCAUCGCUGACGCUCUCCUCAUUCGAGGAGCUACUCCAUACUCCUUGAAUGCUCGUCAACUGUCCCCGUUAGCACUAGCAGCCAAGAAUGGAAGAUCAGCUCUUGUGUUAAGGCUGUUAGAUUCUGGAGCAGAUGUGAUGGGAUCUGGGGGAAAGAUUCCACUGAUAUUGGCAGCGGCUGAGGGUCAUGCUGAUGUCGUUGAUAUGUUAUUAAAUCAGGGUGCUGACCCCGAUGCUGUUGAUGGUGAUGGAAUAUCAGCUCUGGGAUGGGCCUGUUUAAGGUCAAGACUACCAACCAUGGUUAUGCUGCUUGAUAAAGGAGCUACUAUAGAUCAGCCUGAUGGCAACGGUAGAACGCCAUUGGGUCUUGCGUGCGGUGGCCCAUCAGAUCUCGUCGAUAUAUUGCUGGAGAGAGGAGCCUCUUUAGAGAGGGUCGACCAUAGUGGUCUGAGGCCAUUAGAUAGAGCUAUCGGUCAGCGAAACGUUCCCGUCGUUAAUUGUUUUCUGAGGAAAGGCGCUAAGCUCGGUCCAACAACGUGGGUUAUGGCUUCAGGCAAACCAGAAUUCAUGCUAAUACUGCUGAACAAACUACUAGAAGACGGGAACCUACUAUACCGCAAGAACCGACCAUCAGAGGCAGCCCACCGCUACCAAUACGCGCUGAAGAAGAUCAACCCAUUGAUCAGUGACGAGGGGUUAACUACCCCUAUCACUCAGCCAGUGCCUCAGGAACACGUGUCAGCGUUUGUGCAGCUGAAGACUAAUCUGCUGCUCAACUUGUCGAGGUGCAAGAGGAAAUUGAACGAACCAUCAGAAGCAUUAGACCUCGCAGCCCGGGCUUCAGUCUUGCGUCCGAAUGCCUUCGAAUGUGCCUACGCCAUGGCUCGAGCUAUUCUAGCCCUUAACAAGCCUUCAGAAGCUCUUCCCCAUGCCAGAAGGGCCCUACUCCUUGCCCCCAGCACUGAUCUCUCAGCGAUGCGAACGCUAAAGGCGCUCCAACAAGAAAUUUUAACAAGGAUCAAUACUGGGUCCCAUAGUCUAAACGGUGAUACUCGGUCGAUGAGGAAUUUUGACACCAUCAGCUUAAAUAUGCCUUGAUUUACAAACGUUUGUACAAAACAUGUUUUUUUUUUUUAAAUUAGGACACAUCACAAACCCAUCGAUUAAUAUUCAUAAAAUUGUUUCAGUUCUCAGUAUCGUUAAUAACUCAUGUCUCGUUAAAGGAGUGUUUCUCUUCAGGAUUGCCUUUAAUUUUAUAUUUAUCUCAAUGUUGAUAUAUUUCACUUAAUAAUUCUUCAAUUGAAUUAUUAUGAUUGUAAAUAUUAUCCUAGGGAAUCGAACGAACGAACAUUACACAUUAUUUUAUAUGUAUAAAGUUGGAGUUUUACACUUUAAACGUUGUUAUAGCACUUUUUAGUUCUUUUUAUGUAUUUUACAAUAUAUCUUUAUGUAAUACUUAAUUACAUUUAAUUUAAAUGGUUUAUUUGUUGCAGUUUUUAAUACAAUUGUUAAUCGUGUUUUAGCAAUAUAGAUGACGCUUUAUUAUCGAGCGAAUUAAAUAUAUUAUUAUUUCUAUGAGAAUUGUAAUAAAUAUAGAUUUUUCAUUUCAUACUUUUUUAUAUACGUAAAUAUUGUAUGGUCGUCUUAAGUUACAGACAAAUAAAAUAAAAUAUUAUCCAUAAUGGUUUAGCAAGCUUAGUUUUUAGUGUAAGAAGAUAAUUUCAAGAAAAUUAAUUCUUUUAUUUUGUUGAAUAUUUUCUGCGCCUGUAUGUGAAACAAUAUUUCUAUUUGUAGAUAAAUAAUGAAUUAAUGAUAAAUAAACGUUUUAUUUACGAUGUGAUGUAACGACAUGUAAAUAUGUAAUUCUUCCUAUUAAGAAAUAAGUAUUUGACAAUGUACAGUGUCUUACAAAAUACAUUAGAGUUGUAGCCUCGAAUAUCGUGUUUAUAAUGAAAUAUUAAUCGCUUGCCAUUUUUAUUGAAAUGCUUUAAUUUUGUUUUUUUAAAUAAUUGGUGCCUCGAAACUAUAACAUAUUUUUUUUUUCUCUUUUUUUGUUAAUUUUUAUUCAACAUUUGAGUUAAACUCAAUGCCCAACUUCUUGCUUAUUUAUAAUUUAUUAAAAAUACUAGAGUGAGUUCAAAGUAUGUGAAAUAAUUAGGAAUGAUGAAUUAUGUAAUGGAUUUUUGUUUGUUUGUUUGUGUUGGAUGUAUCUAUAUAAAAAGAGUGAUGUAUGGUAUAGUGUACUAGUUUUUAAGUAAUUUUAUUUAUUUUUGAAUUCUUAAAUGCAUAGCCGAAACUCAUAACGGUCAAUUAAAAUAAAAUUAUAAAUUAUUCGUCAUUUAUAAUAUUUUGAAAUUCGAAAAAUAGCUUUCAAAAAAUUUUAAAAAAAUUAUAAAAUAAAAAACACUGGUCAAUUUCUUUAAAAUUAUUUAUUAAGACUGACGAUUUCGGUGAAAAUUAUAAAUGAAACAAUUACUUAUAGCUAUGAUAGUGUAAUAAGAAAUAUUUUAAGUACAAUAGUUACUCAGACAGUACAUAUAUUAUGAUUGUAUUAAAUAUUUUUUUCAUAUUGCUUCAAA